AUCUCUUUCAACACGAAUAAAUCGAAAUGAACUCGUCGGUUUCACCCGUCGUAUCUCUUCGCUUGUAAACAAUCGAUACUUUCGACGCGUGUCAUUCAUACGCUGGCGAAUCGCGUUUCAGUAAAGAGAUUGGUCAGCUGUCAAGCGAGUUCGGUGCAGCGCAAGCAAAUACGGGACAAAGUUUAUGCAUACCAAAUACGUGAUAAUUAUUCUGAGAUCAGUUUUGAGGGAGUGCGUAUAUGAAAAUAAAUGGAAAACAAAUGUGUAGAAAAUUGUUGGUCAGUGGCGGAAAUUCGUGACUGUGUGUAGUGGUGCUUAGUGCUACUAUUAGCAAAUGUAUAAAAAAUAUUUCACUGUAUGCUCAGCCAACUGAGGCAGCAAAGAAAAGGAUUAUCUCCGUCGUAGUUUGGCACUGCAACUGCACAGGAACAUGUAUUGCUUGCAGUGUCUCAUUCCGGUUCUGCUAAUCCCUAAGCCGACCAAUCCGGCCUUGAUGCAGACACACGUAAUGUUUAUUGUGUUGUAUUUGAUUGGAUUUUUCCUGGAGCGAAAACCGUGUACCAUCUGCAGUUUGGUGUUCCUGGCAGCCGUCUUCCUGAUCUGCAACAGCGGAGUCGGAAACUGUCUAUUCUGGGGUAACUGCGAAGGCCACAGCUGUGAAAAUGGCUAGAGUCGGCGGAGUAUUGCCUCAAGGUCGCUUGAAGAGAGCCAUCAAACGCGAACAAUUUCCAUCCUCUGUACGAUUAAGUUGUUGACCUAAAUUUUACUCAAAUCAAUCAAAACAAUUUGUAAUAAUACAGUGUGCAGCGACAACAAAAAAUCAAAAAAGAGAAACAAAAGUUGAACGACAACUCAACCAAAGCUUGUAUUCUAGUUUCCAUGGGAAAGUGUUUGGUGAAACUACGAAACUAUUCAGUUUUAGAUCAAAUCUUCUCCACCCAAUAGCGCGUUCGAAGCUUACUCACCGUGAAUGAAUCAUAAAGAUUGCGCAACAGUUUUUCCUCUGUGAUGAAUGAACAACCGUAUCAUAGUCGUAUCAAUUGUCUGGAACAGAAGAAGAUAACUAGAUCAUUGGGGAGGCCCAGGGCUUGCGGUCCGAACCGUUCGAUAUGUCAAUCCAAUGACCUGUUUGUUGAAAGCACUGUACAUAUAAUUGAGCAUAUUCCUAAUAUAUUUAUUUUUGUAUUAACUUUGAACGUUAGGUUAGCGUGUUGAAAAUUUAAUAAUACCAAUAACAAGCUAGGCAACGAAAAAAAUAAUAAAAAAUAUGUAAAAUAAUCGUGACAGUACAA